AUGAUUGUCGUGGUGAGGGUUGGUGUGGGGGAUCUGGACGAGGCUGUGGACGCACAAAACUCUAAGCGUCAGUACGACAAUCCUAUGGCGGACUCGGGCAAUGUCCGAAAGCCUUUCCCCAGAGAGAGCUUGCUGCAGAGGAAGACCCAAUCAGGGGCGGCAAUCUCUAGAUGA